AUGGAGGGGAAGAUACAGCCUGUGCUGUGGGUGCUUUGUGCAGUCUGGAUGACUGUCUAUGCCAUCUCUGUGGAAACCCCAAAGGAUGUUCUUCGGGCUGCUAGGGGGAAAAAUGCUACCCUUCCGUGCUCCUACCAAACUUCCUCCCCCAACCGAGACGGGUUUAUCCAGUGGGACAAGCUUCUAAGGAGUCAUACGGAAGGGGUGCUCAUCUGGACAUUUUCGACCAAAAAGUAUAUCUAUGGUGAACUUUAUCAGAAUCGUGCUAGAGUAUCAAACAAUGCUGAGCAGUCAGAUGCCUCCAUCACCAUUGACCAGUUGACCAUGGAUGACAAUGGCACCUAUGAGUGCUCCGUCUCACUGAUGUCAGAUCUGGGUGGCGUUUCCAAGUCACGUGUCCAUCUCUUGGUCCUUGUGCCGCCCUCCAAGCCAGACUGCAGCAUUCAGGGAGAGACCGUCAUUGGGAACAACAUCCAGCUGACCUGCCAGUCAAAGGAGGGCUCCCCAGCCCCUCAGUACAGCUGGAAGAGCUACAAUGUCCUGCACCAAGAGCGUCAAGUCUCAGCAGUCACAGGACAGACCUUCUCUCUGAAGAACAUCUCCACAGAAAUGUCGGGUUACUACAUCUGCAUCUCCAGCAAUGAGGUGGGGACCGAAUCCUGCAACAUCACUGUGGCUGUCAGACCUCCCUCCAUGAACGUGGCUCUGUAUGCGGGCAUCGCUGGGGGCGUGGCUGUGGCUCUCGUCAUCAUUGGCAUCAUCCUCUACUGCUGCUGCUGCCGGGACACCGGCAAGGCUGAGGACACCGACGUCGCACGGCCGAAUCGGGCGGCCUACCGGGAGCCACCAGAGCAGCUGACAGAGCUUUCCAGAAGACGAGAAGAGGAGGGAGAGGAUGACUACAGGCAUGAAGACCAGAGGGACGCCGGCCGAGAGACCACUGACCAGGCUGGCCGAUGA